GGACCAUUUUGUCAUGUGCUUGGUUGCAGGCCACUUCCUCCUCUUUUAAACGCGCGUGUGAAGAGCGUUCUUAAUGUUCUUGUGCGUGCAUUAGACAUUGCCUUGCCGGAGAUGGAUGCUUUAAAUAUCCGGGUGGAGGCUGCACUGCAGCGCAUUGCGUAUGUCCGCUUACCGAGAAACACAAUUCAUGAUAUGUUGCAGAUGCUCUGUGGCGUCCUCAAGGAGGAGCAGCCGUACGGUAAAUCACGUCCGGCCAAAGUUGCUGUUAGCCGCAUGCUGAGUCGUAUUCUUCUUACUAAUCUUCAUCGUAUUGGCAAGUUCGCGACCAUGCAGAAUGUUGCGUCCGCAGCCUUGGCAUCUAUCGGACACGGCGACGGGCGCGUUCGAAGCGAGGGAAGACUACUGUUGGCGGUUCUCACACGGGUGGCAUCUGUGGAGCAGAUUGAGCGCAUAAUUCGUGAUUGCUUUAUGGAGCUGCGCGGUCUGUCGUCAGUGGCUGCGUCAAUGACUGGGGGUCAUCUUCAGUCCCCCCACACACUCCAUGAAAACAUGCGAAAGCGUCGACGUAUCGCACUGCUGCUCGCGUUGUGUUCUAUUUUAUGCGCCACUCCGGGUGUCGUCCCGCCGUACGUGCCCCGCCUUAUGGAGCGUCUAGCGGCGCAUGCGCAUGAUCCAGCGCCGGAGGUGCAACGUGCUGUGAAGCGGACGUUUGAGGAAUGGUGGCGCUCGCACCGCGAGGGGUGGGAGUUGGAACACAAGCCACGCUUCGUUGCCGCCAACAUUCAAAUUGAUGCGAUGCUGCCGCUGCUGACAGCCCCGGCCUAUCUUGUCUGA